GUAAUUUGAUGUGUGUCCCCGGGGACAUUUGAUGGAUUAAAGCUAAGCAGCUCCAUUUCGCAGCACCACCUGAUCUUCCACUGCCUGUGCCCCAUAUAAAGGCUGGCGUGAUUGCUGAUCUCAGCUAGUCUGACAGUCUCUCUCUCCCUCCUCUCUCUGUCUGUCUCCAUCUCUUCUCUUCCUCACUGGUCCCUUAAGCCUGCUGCAUCACAGGAGCUAUCCAGUGCUGAACAGGAUCGCUUUUAUUUUUUAUUUUUUUAUUUUUCAGGAGGAAGCUGGGGGAACCAGAGAGAAUCACACAGCAUUGCCGUCAGCCUUGUUCUCCACCGGUUUCCAUUUUCUUUCUUGUCUUAUGUUUUUGACCACAUUAACCACAAGGAUUACCGUCAAGCCAGCCCUGCUUGUGUGCUUCUUCAGAGAGUCUUUUAUUUUCUCUCAUGCGUUUUUCUCAGCUUUGUGUUUUCAUCCACUGAAACAUGCCCCGCUCAUUUUUGGUGAAGAAGAUCAAGCUUGAUGAUUUUUCUUCGUCCAAUGUGGCCAACUCCAAUCAUCAUCACCACCUGGAUGACUCGUUGACUUUUGCACGCUCCAUCACAGACUCGGUGACCAGCCUCGGGGUUCGUCUUAGUGAAAAUGGAUACAUACAGGAUUACAUCACACCAUCUGUAUACCAGGGGGAGAAGAAGAUGGAGCAUAAGUUGGCUUCACCGGUGUCAGACCCCCUGUACACCCAGGUGAGCAGUGGAGAGGAGUACUGCGACCCCGACCUGAAGCACCCCGACAGCCCCCAGUCUGGCAUGACAGCGAGCGGCUUCUAUACUGGUGAAUCGGAGGCCCUGGCCGAGGGUUACACCAUGGAUGCCUUCUUCAUCUCCGAUGGGCGCUCGAGGCGGAAGGGAGACGGGGAGAGUCGUGGGGGAGGUUCACGAAGCAGCAGUGCUAACGGUGGGGUUCAGGAGAGGGGAGCCGGCGUGCCUCGCCACACCUGCAACGAGUGUGGCAAGACGUACGCCACCUCCUCCAACCUGAGCAGACACAAGCAGACGCACCGCAGCCUGGAUAGCAAGAUGGCCCGCAAGUGUCCUACCUGUGGUAAAGUGUACGUUUCCAUGCCGGCGUUGGCAAUGCACAUCCUCACCCACGACCUCAAGCACAAGUGCGACGUGUGCAGCAAGGCCUUCAGUCGGCCGUGGCUGUUGCAAGGUCACAUGCGCUCCCACACGGGGGAGAAGCCCUUUGCCUGCGCCCAUUGUGGCAAAGCCUUUGCUGACCGUUCAAACCUCCGCGCCCACAUGCAAACACACUCUGCCUUCAAGCACUACAGAUGCAAGCGCUGCAAUAAGACCUUCGCUCUCAAGUCCUACCUGAACAAGCACUAUGAGUCAGCUUGCUUCAAGGGCUCUGCAGACGAAGAUGACUCUGGAUCAGAAAACUAACCACGAGGAAGAAGCUUAAUUUUGAACCCCUGUUGUAGGUUCACAACCAAUAACCCUGUUCACUCUGCCCUCCAUGCCUUUUUUCUUCCCUUUUUUUAGAAAGCAAUAUUUUCACUGAGAUUACGUGAAGAAACUAAUGAUUAUGGCAAAGACAAUUUCAAAAGAUGCUGGAUUUUUUUCCCUGCACAGUAGCUAAUCGUCCACAGAAACAUACAAUCAAACAACCUUCCCCCAAAUAGAGACUGUAGAUGAUAGUUGUACACAUUUCAGCAACAUGUGCUCACAUGGAUGUGGGAGCAUGUAAACACACUCACAUACACAUGGACAGUCACACACACACACACUAACGCACUCAUGUACGCACAUCCACACCCACAUAAACACACACACAAACACAAUUAUAUAUGAGGCCUGGCAUGUGAAUUUUUAUCAAUGACUAUAAUGAUAUUGAUAUCAAUAGUAAUAAUAUUUAGAUUCCUGAUAUUUUAUAGGAAAUAGUAAUGAAAAAAAAGAAAAAAAAAAACAUAAAAAAGGACUAACAGUGUUCUUUUGUUUUUUUAGAGACAAAAUGACCUCUUGUAUUUUUAUGCUGCUUUUUAUUUGCUAAGAAUUGAAUUCUUUUGCAACUGCCAACAUGAACUUUUUAUGAAAAUGUGAACUAUGACAGUAUUUGCAAAAAAGGGAGAUCGUUUUAAAAGGUUAAAAAAAAGACAACCCCCUUUUUUCCACACCAAUGUUUUAAUUCAACGGAUGUUAUUUUUCUAUUUGAUUUUUCUAAAUUUAUUUUUUUGUGCUUAUUAUCCCUUGUUGAUCAAAAUAAUCUUUGUAACUGUGGGUAAAAAAAAAAAAGAAGCUAAUUUUAAAUAAGCUAUAAAAGUUCAUAACUCAUUCAAUUCAAUUCUGCAAGAGCAGUGAUUUUGAAAAGUUGGCCUGUUGAACAGGUCAUCGCUCACGCCGUCGGAUCUAAUUCAUAGUCUCAUCCUGAUGUACAGACUUGGACAAAAACACUGAGAACUAGACCAAAUGAUCGAAUAAGUGCCAUGUGCGGUUGACUCUUCUAUAGCAAUGAAAACUUUCGUUGUUCUUCCUCCACCAUGGUGGCUUGCAUAGACUUUGCUGCCUUUAUGGUGCAUCUUCCGAUUUUAAGCAAUCUCCAGCCAGUAUUCGAGGUGCUCCCCCCUCCACCAGUAUUACCUCAGAGUAAAGGUAUAGACUCACACACCCUCAGUUACAAAGUGACAGUGAAAUUUUUAUGUUUUGUCUGUUUUAUAUGUCGCUAAAAGCUCCACCCAUGGUUUAGAUGCAUACCAUCUAUUUAUCAUGUAAAUACUUUAUUUAUCUUCCUAUUUAUCUAUUUAUUUAUUUAUUUAUUCACCCUAUUUUUGUGUAUUUAUUGAAGACUCGCUUAUUUAUCAUGUAUUUAUUUAUUGCUCAUGAUUUAAAAAAACGAACAUCCAUUGACCUUGUAAGAUGCUGCUGAUCUUCAAAGAAAAAUGUUUAUAUGCAUGAAAACUGUAGAAAGUCCGAGGGACUUAGUUUUUAAAGAGGAACAAUGUACAGUAGCAGUGCUAGAAAACUUCCAACAAAUGAAUGCUAAGGGAUUUUUUUUUUAUUUCGUGGCAAUAACUAUGACUGACAAAGCAAUGGACAUGUAAAACAAUCACAGCUGUUCUGUUUUCCAUAAACUUAGGGCAAUAAAAAGAAACCAUGAGAACAAAACAUGAAAAUACUGCUUAUCUUGCUGUUUCCCCAAAAGCCCACCACCUCUGUUGGACUGAUUUUUAGUCCUUUUUUUUUGUCUGUAAAUCUAACAAUUCGGAGAUUGGCAGUAAAAUGAAUGUAUCCUUAAAAAUGUAAAAUACAACUAAGACACAAAGUUGAGGCACAAGAGCAAUAAUUAUCACGAUAAACAAAUCCUAAACUGAUGUGUCAGUUUGCUUGAAAAAGGCAACCUAACUUAGCAUUAUCAUUUUUAUCAUUUGUUUUAACAAGCAACAGGAUAAUAACUCUCGUUUAGGUAACUGGAAUUAAAAAUAAUUUAAAUACAGAUACAUUUAAAACACAUCCCCAAAGUAUCAUCGGGACAUUUUGGUUUUGUCCUAACCACCACUGAUAGUAAAGAAAGUUUAAUUUAACAACACGCAGUAAUUCAUUUGUCCCGCAUCCCUCCCCCUCCCCACCAAACCUGUCCUAACUGCCUCUAAACAGACGCAGCGAGGAUGAGAUGUGCUGAAGUGGGAUUGGCGGAGGGUGGCGGAGUGUGGGAGGAUAACAGGUGUUUGUAGACAGACUGCAGAUAGGGAGCGUAAUUGAGUCGGUGAGCGACCUCCAAGGGGAAGGUCAAGCACCAGCAGGCAAAUGCACUGUCAGCUAUUUGCAUAUUCCUAAUGGAAGGCACCGUCGCAGUGAACGCUGAGCUCGCCCUAAAAAACAAAAACACCAAACCGAGGAGAAAAGAGAGCUUCUGCUCUGUUUGCUCAUCCUUUCCUUCCUGUUUUUUGUUUCGCUGUUUUUAACCAUCAUCAUGUCUAGUGCUACAGCUGAAUCACUGCAUGAGAGCAACCAAACCACCUGUCUCCUGAUUAACUUGCAGAGCACACAGUCUGGCAUGUUGCGAGACAUUUAAACAAAAGCAAAAAUCUGAACUACCAAAAGAUUAUUUUAUGUUUUUUUAUUUUACUAUGUAAAAUGAAUAUAAUGUAUCUCCAAAUCCUGGAAGUUUUGUUCUAAUAAGGCUGAAAAAGGCACUGAUAUUAAAAUGAUCAACUAGAAAAGCACUGUACCAAGUAGGCUUGUAUUUAAAACUAACAGAUUUGCAGAUCUUCCCCUGAAAAAUACUAUUUACAGAAAUGGAGGCACAAUUUGAUUGCAUUUAGAUGUAGGGAAACAUUGUUCCUCUUUGAUGAUUUUGUAAAUAUAGUUGUAAAUACAUCACAGCAAUAAUAUGACAAUGCAUGUAGACAUUUAAUUGCUCUUUUUCUAUUCAUGCUGUCUUUUUUUUCUAUUUAAAAAAAGACGAAUACAGGUACCAACUGCAGUCUGGGUGGCCAUGCGAAUCAGGGAGUGUUUUGAUUAAGAAGCUAUUUGUUCUAAGUUAGAAAAAAAAAUCUUCCAACUCUGUGUAUUCUCAAAGAUUUGAUAAUGUUCUUUAUGAUUUUUCUGUUCUUUUCUAUUUUAUUUUUGUGCCCGGCUUGGCUGCGCAAUGAAAAAGUGCCAAAAAGUAUGAUUUCCAUGACAAAAGCCUUCAACAUAUGGUUGGCUGCUUGAAACCUUCCAUAUGGUCCUCAAAGAAAAAAAAAACUGAUUAAGAUUUUCCACUUUCUUUCUCAUUCUGUCUCUUUCCCUCUCUUUAUCUUUCUCUCUCUCUCUGUUCCAGCUGAGUAUGAAGAAACUUAAGCCAUGAUUGCUGAGGGGUGUUUUGAUUUAUCCUGUUCUGCUCCAAUUAAUAAUGAUGACAACAAUAGCAAUGAUAACAUUAAUAAAAACAAUAGCACAA